AGGGGGUGGGGCGGCGGCCGUUGGAGGCGGAGCCUACGCGCCCCUCCCUCCCCGCACGCUCCGCCCGAUCGGCCAGGGCUGGGGGCGCUGGGGGCGCUGCGGGCGCGGCGGGUGCCUGGGAGCUGCUGGGAGUCCUUGUUUCCGCUCCCGCCCAGGACUGUGCGGUCGGCUCGCGGUGGGGUCCGGCGGGCGCGGCUUCGGCGGGCGGCAGCCGCUGCAGACGAGCUGCGGAGACGGAGUUUCGUCAUGUUGGCCAGGCCCAUUUGAGAUCUUUGAAGAUAUCCUCAACGUGAGGCUCUGCUGCCAUGAAGGUGAAGAUUAAGUGCUGGAACGGCGUGGCCACUUGGCUCUGGGUGGCCAAUGAUGAGAACUGUGGCAUCUGCAGGAUGGCAUUUAAUGGCUGCUGCCCCGACUGCAAGGUGCCCGGCGACGACUGCCCGCUGGUGUGGGGCCAGUGCUCCCACUGCUUCCACAUGCACUGCAUCCUCAAGUGGCUGCACGCGCAGCAGGUGCAGCAGCACUGCCCCAUGUGCCGCCAGGAAUGGAAGUUCAAGGAGUGAGGCCCGACCUGGUCCUGGCUGGAGGGGCGUCCUGAGACCCCUUCCUCAUGCUGGCGCCGAUGGCUGGGGGGACAGUGCCCCAGGGCUGCAGCAAGGUGGAAACAAGGGCUGGAGCUGCGUUUGUUUUCCCAUCACUAUGUUGACACUUUUAUCCAAUAAGUAAAAACUCAUUAAACUAUUCAAAUCUUG